UAAUAUAUAUGAACAGUUUCCCCUCUGACACAGUUGAACAUUUGGUCAGAUCUACUCCAGCAGAUGGCGCCAAUUGUCGAAGCAAGGAUGUGUACACAGACAUAAAUGAGUAGUGUAUUCCUCACACUCGCCAGCAGCACAAAAAAUGAGUGUCGGAGAGUAGCGGGGGAGGAGAUAUGUGGACAUGUCUCGGGGAAGGUCGGGGAACUCCUCACUCUCACCUUGACGACCGGACAGUGUGGAUGGUAAGAGUCGCAUCCCGGCCUCUCUCAUCUUUGGAGUCCACUUCGCCAGUUUAUAGAUGCAAAUAUAGUCCAGUUAAAAUUGGAGCAGUGCCGUCAAUCUCGAGGCGCAGUUAUGGAGCCUCGUAGCAAGAAAACGACCAGCAGGAUUGCCGGCGAUCCAAUGGCCGUGACUUGGAUGGAGAAAUACAGCGAAACCUUAGAGAACUACUGGAACAUGUUACCAGGCUUCGUUGGAACCUUCAUCGCCAGCGUGGCCGUGUUCAUCCUUGGGUCAACUAUCAGAGGCGAGUGGCUACACAUCCUCGUUCACUUCCUGAAAGCUUUCCACUAUGGGGAGGAGGACUCUGGUGCUGCCACCAACACUACUGACUCCUCCUCGGGGCUGGUGAUCAACCUUGCUGACUACCGGCUCCAGGGACUAGGUUACUACUGGAUUGCUGCCACCACCGUCUCUUACACCUUCUACCUCGGCAUUGGCGGCUUCCUCCAUUGGUAUUAUUACGUUCGGCAGCGCGAUCGCCCCGAAGAAUGGAAGUGUCAGCCUAACAAGUUCAUGUCGCCGGAGCUGGAGCGUCACGAGAUCCUGCUAGGGUCCUUUUCUCUCCUGCUUGGCUCCACCGUAUCCUCCAUCAUCUCCUGCUACAUCAUGAACGGCGGCAGCUCCACUAUAUACUACAACAUCACCCAGUACGGUUGGCUGUGGUACUUCGCCUCCUGGCCCGUUGUCUUCAUCUGGCAGGACUACAUGACGUACUGGCACCAUCGUAUCUACCACAUGCCCUUCCUCUACAAGCACUUCCACAAGCUCCAUCACAAGUACAAGCAGCCCACAGCCUUCAGCGUCACCGCCAUCCACCCCUUUGAGUUCCUCCACAUGCAGGCUGUCCUCGUGAGCCCCAUGUUUCUCUUCCCAGUCCACUGGACUGUGUUUGUAACGCUGCUUAUGUACCUCUACUACCAUGGGAUCAUCGACCACUCGGGUAUUAACUUCAAGGCACAUUGGUGGCAACCGUGGCAACCUGACUGCAUCUUCCACGACAACCAUCACCAGUACUUCCACGUCAACUUCGGCUUCAACUGCGAGCUCUGGGAUAAGAUCCACGGCACAUACCGCCAGAAGGAUAAGGUGUACCGCGAGGACAUCUACUAUGGCAAGGGCAAGGAACUGAUCCAAUGUACAAGAAAGGAGCUGACGGAGGAACUGGAGGAGAGAGAGAGUGAGAACCAUCUGGCUUACCGUGGGCCACAGCGGGAUGACCAGGUGAAGGAGAUCAAGAGCAAACUUAGUUAAGUUGACCUGGGCCAGACCUAACGUGAAUGGAGGUGUAGGUUAUACUCACCAACCAUUUGAAAUAGACCAUCUUAUUACCUCACAGACCACUUGGAUUGGGUAUUAUUCAAGUAAUGCUAAUCCACCUCACAUAUUAUUUGAACUGGUCAGUGUCUGACAAGUGCUGACUCAGCUAACUAGUAUUUUAUUGUACAGUAGUACCUUCAGUAUUGAAUCUUUGAUCAUUUACCUUGACUGGAUUGCUUAUUCAUUUCCAUGAUUUUAUGUGAUUAAUAUCUACAGUUACACAUGACGCAUAUAGUAUAGUUUCAAGAUGCCUCAACUAUUCGUUUAGUUUACAAAUUCAAGUAUUAAAUGGAAUGAGAAAUGCAUUGUGUAUGAUCAUUCUAGUAGAUUUAAUGAGGCACAGUCGAUUAUAAUUUCUGAACUCUUUUGGUUUGGUGUUGGGCUUAAGGUCUAUUAAUCGCAAGAGUUAUUACCACCACAUGGCCUAUCAACUGCGGAUGUGUUGUGAAGGCGAUCACAAGGUCUGUCAACCUCUGGAGGGUUAUUAACUCUACAUUAGUACUAUGGGUUGUUUGAACAUACAAAACAAAUUUUGAUGCUCAAAUUUCACAGUUGGCAACAAUGAUAUUCCUGAUCUUUCUCAAUCCUUCCUGAAUCAUUGACUCGAGUAAACACUUCAGUUACAGCAAUCCUAACCUAGCUUGUUAGGUUAGAUUUUUUUCCAGAAUAUUUUCUUCCUCUUGGGGUGUAGUCAACAUUGUGCCUACAAUGUUCCAUUGUAGGAACAUUGAAGGCUGACUCAGUUAUAUUAUCUAGUUUGUUAAUGGUGCAUUUUCCAAAGAACUAUUCAUGUUCGUUUUCAUCUUAAUAAAUAGAUGAAAAACAGCUUUGAAUGCUUUACUGUACCAAUGUGUAAUGCACGAGACAAAAUAUACAAUUACAGUACUGAUACAACACAAGAUUCUUUUAUAUUAUUCUUAAAUUUGUUGUAUUGGGUGAGCAAACGCCCCGGCUACUUACGAAAGCUAAGGCCACAAACACCUUACAGAUCAACAAGCAAUUAUACAUUAGUUAUGUAUUCUAAGAAUGUUGUAUAUCAAAGCUGAAGUGACAAAGGGAGAACUGAGAACAAAUAAUAUUUUUAUACAUGAUUUAAAAAUUAUGUAUAUUGUAAAUAAAAAUAAAUACAAUUUGUA